UAUCUUUUGAGCCAACAGCAUUCUUAGCGGCCGGUGUGUCUUCCACUGGCGGGGACCGACAUCAUUAUCAGCUGAAAACAAUUAGGUGCCGGGGGCGUUUUCCAUUACAAUUCGCAAACACAUCCAGAAAGACCGCCGUAGAGGAUGGCCAUGCCAUACAAGCCAUCCCCGUUGGGGUUCGGAUCCCCACGACCUUCGCCAUUCCGCCGUCCUCAAUCACCAGCGUCGCCUUCCACGCUGCGACAGACAACGCCAUCGGCAUCGCCAACUAAACAAGCCGGAUCGGAUGCUGGUCCGAGAUUCCUCAGCAGUCCAGUGGCAAGUCCCACACCAGAGUUUCGUACACCACGCAGACAAGCGACAGUAGACGAUGCGCCGGAUGAAGACUAUGUGCCCAAGCCGCGCGUCACUCCUCGGCCGGCAGUUGCAAACACGGCGGCACAUGGAACUUCACUCUCGCAACUACAGCCCUCGCAAGUCCGGACAUUGAGGGAAGGUUUUCAAAUCCUUGAUCGCGACAGUGAUGGUUCCGUGAACAGGGAGGACGUUGCGGACAUGCUCAACCAGCUGGGCCUCCCCUCGGGCGCGUCCGACGUCUCGCAGUUCUUCCCGCCAUCUGGGCCGCAGAUCAUGACGCUGGCGCUAUUCCUCAACUCCAUCUCGGCGUCCCUGGCAGCGCUGUCCCCUAGCUCGGAGCUCCUAUCGGCAUUUUCAGCCUUUGAUGACGACGACAGCGGUCAGAUCGAUCUUGUCGAGCUCCGCGACGCCCUGCUGAACACAGCGCCCGAGCCCGGCCAACAGCCGUUGACACCAGCGGACGUAGACAAGGUCAUUGCCGGCUUCACAGGUCGUAGAGCCUUCAGCAAGAGCAAAUCUGGCGGCCUGGCCAAGCGGGGUGAAGUAUUCAGGUACCAUGAUUUUGUAAACACGGUUAUUGGGGGGAGUACAGGGAGCGAGCAUGCCUCUGAACACGCUGAUGAAGAGUGAGCUCGCCACAGCGCUCAAUGGGAGGGGGUUGGGGCUUUUG